AGAAAACUCCGCGUCUCAGAUCAGACUACAGCUCUGUGAAUAACAGGAGAGGGAGAUCCCCGACUAAGUUAAGUAUAAAUAUACAAGCAUUAACUCUAUCACCAUCACACUCUACUGCUACUGCAACGAAUAAACUCCUUGAGUUUCUAAUCUUCAGCUUGACAAUGAAAGUCACCCUGCUCGUUUUGUUGGUGUGUGCGUGUGCAGCAGCCACCCUCGCCCUACCUUCUUCGAAUCGUCAACCACGGUCCCCCCAGCCAGAGGAGAAGAACAAGGACGGUGGCUGGGCAGUAGGGGCAGACACCACAAGGAACGGCGGCACUGUGGUGCGAGCUGAGGGGAACAAGAAAUGGGACGUCACAAAUGACGGUAGGGUACAAGCGGAGGUUCACGGCCACUGGGAGAGGACUUACGGAGGGCCCCAACAACGGCCAGAGAGACCGCGGCGUGGGCGGCAGCAUCGGGGGAUCCUGGGGCAAAUGAUUCCUCUGAUUAUUUCACUCCGAUUUUAUUCAUUUUGAGAACGUUAUGACUGUAAACUUUUCUUAUGAUUAGUUAGG